GUCACUAUGGCAGACCAUGAUUUCAAAUUGCGGCUCGGGAUCCCGAAAGAGUUUCCGAGAACGAAUCAGAUUGCGUAUCGAAAGCGUGCACAUCUCUGGCGCGGCGCUGACCCACACAUGAAAACAGCCAGAUACUGUCACAACAGCGAUGGACUGGACAACUGCGAUUGCAUGAGUGCACACUCCCAAGCCCAAGAAAAUUGCGCCUUCUUUGGCCGCCCAAUAGAGCCUCUAGCUUUCUACCUUCCUGCUUUCGCCUACGUGAACCAACAAAAACAAUGCCCUUUUUACGGUAUCCUUCCCAAAGAAAUUCGCGAUCUGGUGUUUGAGUAUGCUUUAGGGGACAAUGGUGCACCUGCGCCUAACAGCGAGAACAAUUUCAGAAGGGAGCCUUGCGUCGCCUCCGAUAUCGCCCGAACCGACAUUGCAUGCGCGCUGCUCCAGACAUGUAAAGCAGUCUACCUGGAGGCCUAUCGUCUACCGCUACUGCUCAAUGGCUACGUAUCCUACUGCCAAAAUGGGCCUUCACGCCCCGAUCUCACACGUCUUGCACCUUGGCAAUAUGCUUUGAUCCAACGAGUGGAUUGCAGCGUGCAGCAAUGCGAAUUAGAGUACAGUGGCCUUCAACCUGAGCUCGACAAGUGGCACGCAACACUGAGGCAUUCAGGCGCCUACGUGGCCCCUCGCUUAUACAGCUACAAUAACCGUUGGAAACGAACCGAAGGGGUGAUACCGUCACAUUGCUUUGGUCUCACAACGUUCGGUGACGAUAGCGACGACUGGCGACCAGAAGAUGGAGACAAAGUAACUCUACCCAAUGCUUGUCCAUCGCGCGAUUACGAUCCCGAGAUUGGCCACUAUUAUCUACAGACCAAGGAUAACUUCAUCGCACGCGCAAUGGUGGCUCGCCCUCUCACGCAUCUUGUCAUUCGAAUGUCGCGUACCGAUUGGUGGACUUGGGCGGACAAGCCGGACAGCACUGCCGCUGAAGAACAACUCGCUCUAGAUCCCGCCUGCGGCCUAAUAGAAAGACCACUAAUAACCGACAUGCUUUCAUUGGCAGCACAAAGGCGUGCGGGUCAGCAGACAGCAUACGAUGGAACCUGGGGUGCAGCCAUUGGAAAACUCCCGGACCUGAAUACGUUCGAACUCAUCCUCGAGACGUUUUUCGAAAAGAAAAGACAGCUUGAAACUGUAGUUGAUUGCGCUAAAACUUGGAAAUUCCCAUUGGAAGGCACACCAUACGAAUUGGCAUGUGAUGGGAAAGUGGAGGAUCUGAGGUGGACUAAUGCCGACAGCGAUGCAAGCUGGGAAACCACAUCCGAUACUGGAAGUGCAGCAAUGGAUAUAGAUGAAAACGAUGAUUCUGCUGACGAAAAAAGCGAGGAUCACGAGACAAAACAAGAGGCUACAGAUGGAGGAAGAUCUACUCAGGAUGACACCGAUGAUGGGGUGGCUGCUGGAGACCUGAUGCAUCUUGAUGCAGAGAUGCCUGAUACGGACACAAACUCUCUGCCAUCACAUACGCAUCUUGGCCAGGUCUUGCAUUUGGACACCACUGUGGCUGGAGCUGAACAGUCCAGCUUCGAGCCUCAAGCAAGCGAAAACUCAGCUCCGGUUCUUGUAGAAUUUUCUCCUUUGGAACUCGGAUAUACCGAGAUUCCUCUUUCUCGUCCAAACAGUCCGACAUUGCCGAGGCACGGGGACUCAUGGUCUCCAGCAGCGAGUUACAUUUACACGUCCCCACACUACAGCCCACAGUCCCGAACCUCCGCGCCAUACAGCCCAGUAUCUCCAGGAUCCCUCAACUACAGCCCAACAUCCCCACAAUACAGUCCAAUGUCGUCCCCUGGUCAAGCCUGGUACGAGAGUUGCACUGAGUUCGAAGUGAGGAUCGUACGAUUCAGACGGAGUAGGGUUAUCUAAGAUGGCGAAUGGUUCAGUAUCCCUGGCAUGGGUUCCCAAAAGUCCUGAACUUCCAUCGUACGCGCUGGAGAGCAUGGUGGCUUUUUCGUUAGCACGACAUCUUCGCCAACUUGGUAUCCCACGUACUACGAAAAAGACUCGGAGAUGGUUGUUGAUGCUAUUGGGGGCGGGAAACGCGGUUUUAGGCGGCUAUAUCGCGGGAUGACAGAUGAGUGGCGGAGAUGAAAAAAAGAGUUUGAGCUAUGGGAGCGUCGCUGCGAGUUUUGCGCUGGAGGAGAUUGGGCUGCCGAAUGUAGAGAGGAAAGGAGCAUCUGUUUUCUGU